AUUAUACGAAGUUGGUUGAGGUUGUGAUUGUGUGAUUGAGAAGAUAUAUAGAGAAAGAAAAUAUUUGCUAGUGGCUAUUUUUAAAGUGAAAUAGAAAUUUUCACUGCGUUUUACUGACAUUGUAAGGUGAUAGCCACUCUAAUAAAUAUUAGAACAAUUUAAUCAAGCUCAGUUUAAAUAAACUGUUGGUUAUUUGAUCAAUAUAGCCCAGGCUUAUGUGACUCGUUUUCUGCGUCAUAUUAAACGAUAUACAAAAAAAAGAACAAAUUGGAAAAUUCUGCAGAAAUUGUUAAAAAAAAACCCCUUUGAGAACAUGGCGACCAGUGAUAAGACAGUGGAUGAUUCCCUUUAUCCAAUUGCAGUAUUAAUUGAUGAACUUAAGAAUGAAGAUGUGCAGUUGCGAUUAAAUUCGAUUAAAAAGCUUUCCACCAUAGCCCUUGCACUUGGCGAAGAACGAACCCGUUCUGAGUUAAUCCCAUUUUUAACCGAAACCAUUUAUGACGAAGAUGAAGUUUUACUUGCUUUGGCUGAUCAACUUGGAAACUUUACCAGCUUGGUUGGGGGUCCAGAGUAUGCGAUGUAUUUGAUACCGCCGCUAGAGAGUUUGGCAACUGUAGAAGAAACUGUUGUUAGAGAUAAAGCUAUAGAAUCGUUGCGCAUAGUUGCCGCGGAGCAUAGCGCACAAGAUCUUGAAAUCCAUCUUGUUCCAACUUUGCAACGUUUGGUUUCCGGAGAUUGGUUUACUUCACGGACUUCCGCAUGUGGUUUGUUUUUCGUUUGUUACCCAAGAGUGUCGCAACCAGUUAAAGCAGAAUUACGUGCUAAUUUCCGGAAACUGUGCCAGGAUGAAACUCCAAUGGUGCGUCGUGCUGCUGCCAGCAAACUUGGAGAAUUUGCGAAGGUCGUUGAGAUUGAGUAUUUAAAGUCGGACCUUAUUCCCAACUUUGUUCAAUUGGCACAAGAUGACCAGGACUCUGUUCGUCUUUUAGCUGUGGAAGCUUGCGUUAGUAUUGCACAAUUGUUGCCGCAAGAGGAUGUUGAACAUUUGGUUCUUCCUACAUUACGUCAAUGUGCAAGCGACUCUUCUUGGCGUGUUCGUUACAUGGUGGCCGAGAAAUUCGUUGACUUGCAAAAGGCAGUGGGACCAGAAAUAACCCGUGUGGAUUUGGUACCUGCUUUCCAGUAUUUGCUGAAAGAUGCCGAAGCUGAGGUCAGGGCAGCAGUUGCCACAAAAGUUAAGGAUUUCUGUUCAAACCUAGAUAAAAGCAAUCAGGUGCCCAUCAUAAUGACUUCAAUUCUACCAUAUGUCCGCGAUUUGGUAUCUGAUCCCAACCCGCAUGUAAAAUCAGCACUGGCAUCGGUUAUAAUGGGAUUAAGCCCCAUGCUUGGAGCAUAUAAUACCGUUGAACAUCUACUCCCCUUAUUCCUUAUUCAGCUGAAGGAUGAGUGCCCUGAGGUACGCUUGAAUAUUAUAUCCAAUUUGGACUGCGUGAACGAUGUCAUUGGUAUUCAACAACUUUCGCAGUCGUUGCUGCCUGCUAUUGUGGAACUUGCAGAGGAUUCGAAGUGGCGUGUACGUUUAGCCAUAAUUGAGUACAUGCCUGCCCUAGCCGGUCAAUUGGGUCAAGAGUUCUUUGACCAAAAGUUGCGUGGCCUAUGUAUGGGUUGGUUGAAUGAUCAUGUAUACGCCAUUAGAGAAGCUGCCACUUUAAAUAUGAAAAAAUUGGUUGAACAGUUUGGGGCACAAUGGGCUGAGCAGGCUAUAAUCCCAAUGAUAUUGGUAAUGUCACGCAACAAAAAUUAUUUGCAUAGAAUGACGUGCCUGUUCUGCUUGAACAUGUUGGCUGAAGUAUGUGGAACAGAUAUAACCACUAAAUUGUUGCUACCAACUGUUCUACUAUUGGCCUCAGAUCCUGUUUCCAAUGUUCGCUUUAAUGUCGCCAAAACUCUUCAGAAGAUAUCACCUUUCCUUGAAAGCAGCGUCAUUGAUUCACAAGUUAAACCAACAUUGGAAAAACUUCAAGCUGAUCCCGAUGUUGAUGUCAAAUAUUUUGCAUCGGACGCUAUAUCAGCCAUAGCAGCAGCAUAAGCACACAAAUUAUGUUACACCUAUUCUUUUUAUUAAUACAACUUUAUAUGGAAAUAUCAUAACGGAAUGUAAUGAAUCUUACACAUGAUUGAUGCUUGACGUAAAGCUUGUAAUUCAAUAUAAAGUAAUCUAAGCGGAUUUCCUGAUUAAAUUAAAAUUAAACGUAUAGAAUGAACUUUUGAAUUAAUUUGUAUGCCGAGCAAGAAUACUAUUAAUCUUUUGAAAUAAAUAUUAAUUACAUAACAUUAAA